AUCGCGUCAACUGCGGGCCGCCGCCUCCCGGCUGGAGCGGGAGUUGCUUUCUGUUUGGUGCUAACUUGUAGAAAGAAAGAAGCACAGGUCAGAGGCUGCCGCCUACCGAAAAUGCCUGGGCUGACGUGGGACCAACCUGAUGUCUGUGAGUGGCCAACCUUCUGGAGGAGUUGAAACCACGCUUCUCUUGACCAUGGGGACCAUGUCUUCUCAACUAUGCUACUUAUAUGUUCCCUUCAUUUACUGAAGAUGAGUGGCAAGCAUAAAGCUAGGUAUGUAAGACUAGAGGAAAGAAGGAACACCACUCUCUUCUGGCCAAACAGGUUUAUGCAGAGUCUGGAACAAUGGAUUCUAUGCUAACUUUAGCAACGGAAGAGCCUGCUAAGAAGAACACUGUCAAGAAAUACAAAAUAAUUUGUAUCGUUCUUCUUGCUUUGUUGGUGAUCCUGUCACUUGGAUUAGGCCUGGGACUUGGACUCAGGGCACAAGACAAUGAAGAGAGCUGCAGGAGAAAAUGCUUUGAUUCAUCGUUUAGAGGAAAGUUGGGCUGCCGGUGUGAUGAAGGGUGUAGAGACCGAAUGGAUUGCUGCUGGGACUUUAUAAGCGUCUGUGUGGAAUCAACUCAAAUAUGGUCAUGCAGUUCAUCUCGUUGUGGGGAAAGCAGAAAGGUGGCCAGUCUUUGCUCCUGUGCAGAGGACUGUUUGCUGAAGCGAGACUGCUGUGCUAACUACAAGAGUGUUUGCCAAGGAAAAACUUCUUGGGUGGAAGAAGGCUGCACCACAGCUGAGCAGACUCAGUGUCCAGAAGGGUUUGACCUGCCACCUGUUAUCUUGUUUUCCAUGGAUGGCUUUAGAGCUGAAUAUUUAGACACAUGGAGUAUUUUAAUUCCUCAUAUCAAUAAACUGAAAACAUGUGGAAUUCAUUCAAAAUACAUGAGAGCUGUAUAUCCUACCAAAACCUUCCCAAAUCAUUACACCAUUGUCACGGGCUUGUAUCCAGAAUCACAUGGUAUCAUUGACAAUAAUAUGUAUGAUGUACAUCUCAACAAGAAUUUUUCACUUUCUUCAAAGGAGAAAAAUAACCCAGCCUGGUGGAAGGGGCAACCAAUAUGGCUGACAGCAAUGUACCAAGGUUUAAAAGCUGCUGCCUACUACUGGCCAGGAUCAGAUGUGGCUAUUAAUGGCUCCUUUCCUACAAUAUAUAAGGAUUACAAUGGUAAGAUCUCAUAUGGAGAGAGAGUCUCUACUUUAUUAAAAUGGCUGGACCUACCCAAAGCUGAAAGGCCCAAUUUUUAUACCAUAUAUGUGGAAGAGCCUGAUUCUGCAGGACAUGACGAGGGGCCCGUCAGUGGCAAAUUACUUAAAGCCUUACAGUUAGUGGAUAGUACCUUUGGAUUGUUGAUGGAGGGCCUAAAACAGCGGAAUUUACACAAUUGUGUGAACAUAAUCAUUUUGGCUGACCAUGGAAUGGAUCAGACUGCUUGUGACAAGGUGGAAUAUAUGACUGAUUAUUUUCCUCAAAUAAACUUCUAUAUGUAUGAAGGGCCUGCUCCUCGCAUCAGGACUAGAAAUGUACCCGAGGACUUUUUUACUUUUAAUUCUGAAGAAAUUGUUAUGAAACUCAGUUGCCAAAAAUCCGAUCAGCAUUUUAAACCCUAUUUGACUCCUGAUUUGCCCAAACGACUACACUAUGCCAAAAAUAUCAGAAUUGACAAAGUUCAUCUUAUGAUGGAUCCACAGUGGCUGGCUAUGAGGAGGAAAGGAAGUUCAUACUGUGGAGGAGGCAACCAUGGUUAUAACAAUGAGUUUAAGAGUAUGCAGGCUCUCUUUUUGGCACAUGGACCCAGUUUUAAAGAACAGACUGAAGUUGAACCAUUUGAAAAUAUUGAAGUGUAUAAUCUACUGUGUGAUCUCCUACGCAUUCAACCAGCACCAAACAAUGGUACCCAUGGUAGUCUAAACCAUCUUCUGAAGGUGCCUUUUUAUGAACCAUCACAUGCAGAGGAAGUGUCAACAUUGUCAGUUUGUGGAGUUACAACUCUGUUGCCCACGGGAUUUUUAAACUGUUCAUGUCCUAAGACACAAGAUGGUAGCCCUCUGGAAGAAUUGAAUGAAAUGCUAAUUUCUAAUGAAGCUAAACUAUCUGAAUGCAGACAAAGAUAUCCUCUCUGUAAUGAAUGUCUCUUACUAAUCAGAGAGUCUACCAAUCUGGAAGAAAUGAAACAAAUGUCAAAUCUCACUAAAGUUAGUCUAUCUGACUGCAAACAGAAAUUUCCUCUCUGUGAAAAAUGUCUCUCCGUACUCAAAGAGGCUCUCAAUCUGGAACAAAUGAAUCUAAGGCUAAAUCUGACUGAAGAAGAAAUAAUUGCAACAAUGAAAGUAAAUUUGCCAUUUGGGAGGCCCAGGGUUAUGCAGAAGAACAAGGAUCACUGUCUCCUCUACCACAGAGAAUACAUCACUGGAUUUGCAAAAGCUAUGAAGAUACCUAUGUGGAGUUCAUACACAGUUCCCAAGCCACAGGGAGACACAUCGCCUCCUCCUCCCACUGUCUCAGACUGUCUGCGGGUUGAUGUCAGGGUUACUUCUUUUGAGAGCCAAAAUUGUUCCUUGUCUUUUCCAGACGAGAAAAUCACCUACGGCUUCCUCUAUCCUCCUGCAAACAGUAGAACUUCUAAUAGUCGAUAUGAUGCUUUAGUUACAAGUAAUAUGGUCCCUAUGUAUGAAGAAUUCAAAAAAAUGUGGGACUAUUUCCAGGGGGUUCUUCUUAUAGAAUAUGCCACUAAAAAAAAUGGAGUAAAUGUGAUUAGUGGACCAAUAUUUGAUUAUAAUUAUGAUGGCCAUUUUGAUACUCCAGAUGAAAUUACAGAACAUGUAGUCAACUCCAGCGUCUCCAUCCCAACACACUUUUUUGUGGUGCUGACAAGUUGUAAAAACCAGAGUUUUGUACCAGACAAUUGCCCCGAGCAGUUGGAUGUCCUACCUUUUAUCAUCCCUCACCGACCUACCAAUGUGGAAAGCUGUCCUGAAAAUAAAAAAGAUGAUGUUUGGAUUAAAGAAAGAUUUAAAGCACAUAUUGCCCGGGUUCGUGAUGUAGAACUUCUUACUGGACUUGACUUUUACCAGGAAAAAGCACAGCCUGUCUCUGAAAUUUUGCAGCUAAAGACAUAUUUACCCCCAUCUGAAACUAGUAUUUAACUUAAUGUAUGAAACAAUUUUGGCAAAAUGUUGAUGGUAUUUUCUGUUGGAAAAUCAUAAAAUAAAGUUUUCUAUUUUUCCUUAACUAA